CGCCAGACCGUUCAUUACGCACACAGUGCGCUCACUGUAGUGUGUACUUUUCUUUUUCAGUCAGUGUAGUGCGUAAAGAAACUCUUGUAUCUGAAACUGUUGACAUAUAAGUAACUGAACAAACGGACACUUGUUCAAUCCACUAUUACCGCGUUUAGAGAAGUCAAAGAUGAGUAUUUUCACAUCGGACGUCGCGUCGCUUUGAAAACCGCUAGAUCUGUGGAGAAAUUUGUUUUACGGGGACACUUGAAAGAACGUUGGUUUGAUAACCGUUAUCUGCUUCACGCGCAGUGUUUUAAUACGGAGGAGCGCGCGCGCGCGGAGCAGGCACUCUUCACAUGCAGAGCCAUGGAGACGACAACUUUAACCAAACUUCACACCUGCCUGUCAAUAUUCACAUUUCUGUGCUGUAUCUCAGGUGACCUGGCUCAACUUAAUCUGCCACAAACAAAUGUAGAAGUGGUCCAAGGAAGCAUGGUAUGGCUGCAGGCUUCUUACACGGGUAGCGAUAUUCCGAAAAGUACUGUUGUCUGGAACCACAUAACUACAGACUCAGAAAUUAUCAUCUCAUAUUCUAAUGGACAGAUGAGUCAAAUCAGUCCCCAGUUUGCAGGUCGAGUCGGUUUUACCGAAACAGUGCUCCAUAACAACCUGUCCCUAUACAUCAACAACACAAAAGAGUCUGAUUCAGGACGGUACAUGUGUCAGGUCAUCAUACCCGGGGGGAAAGGAUAUACCGGACAGCUGUUCCUUAAUGUGAAGGUCCCACCAUCUGUACCCGUAUGUCAAAUUAAAGGCAGACCGGUUUUUAAAGGAAACAUCACUCUCACCUGUAACUCUGCAUCUGGUAAACCAGUCCCCAAAUACAAGUGGACAAGAACCAGCCCCUCCUCAGAGGUCUUCUUUUCUCCUGCCCUAAAUGAAACAGCGGGAACUUUGAAUCUGAGCAACCUAAGCAGUAACAUGUCUGGAAAAUACAUGUGCAUUUCAUCGAACACUGCUGGGGAACAGUCGUGCUACGUCAACCUAGAGGUUAUCACACCGGUCAAUGCUGGUGUCAUCGCUGGUGCAACGUUGGGUUGUAUCGUAGGUCUCAUCCUGAUAGGCGUUUUCGUCUUCUAUAUGUGGACGAGAAGAAAGGAGACAGAAGACGAUAUAGCCAAUGACAUCAAGGAAGAUGCCCAGGCCCCCAAACGUGUCUCAUGGGCCAAAAGUGGCACAGGAUCUGACAUCAUCUCUAAAAACGGCACCCUUUCCUCCAUUCAAACCAGCACUCACCCACGGGACACCCACAACCACCAUCAUUACCCCUCCUCUGAUACCGCCUCCAUCCUCACAGCCACAGGAAGCACAACCGGAUACCGCUCCCUACCACCAGCAGAUUCCACAUUGCCAGGAUACAACACCAACCCUCCUCCUCCUCAUGGUCCCAUGGGCCCCCACAGCACCAACGGAGGCUUCAUGCACCCCUCGGUGCCCCGGACAGCCUCUGCCCAGCCACAGAUGCCACGUCCGCCCGUACUCCCCACUACCGUAACUGCUGCCAACAUCUCCCGCAUGGGUGGGGUGCCCAUUAUGGUGCCUGCUCAAAAUCAGGCUGGGUCUCUGGUGUAGGAUCAAAUAGUGGGAUUCUGCUGAUACUUUGAAGUUAAUCAUAUUUACAACCCCCAAAAACUGAAGCACAUUGGAAAGGAUUAAUUGAAACUUUUAUUGCCUCUGUAUGGAAAUAGUGGAGUAUGGUGUCAUUUUUGUUAUUUUUUUUUAAUAUGACAUGUAAACAAAUAUAUGUAAAGAUGUUGUUCAUUUUAUUGUUUUAUACAAUCAUUUUGUAUAACUUUUAUUCUGUGUAUUCCAAAAAAGCCUCUACUUUGAACUCAUUAUAAAGAAAUGAAGGUUUUUCACAUUUUUAUGUAAAGAAUGAUGCAUAUAUAUAUUUUAUUUUUUAGUUAUCGCUGUUAUUUCUGGUGUUCUUUUGCAAACGAAUGAUGCUAACUUGCCUUUAAUGAAAACACAUGCAUAUUGUAUUUCAAAUUAGUUAGACUCAUGUAGGUUAAGUUUACAUAUGUUUAAUAUGUGAUCAGUAGAAUAUACUGUAUAUUUAUAGGAGCAUCUAUUAUAUGGGGCUCCAUUUAAAGAGUGGUUUUAUUAUAAAUUGCUAUACAUUUGCCUUGCAAUCUUUUUGACGUAAAGUACUUACGAACAAAUCUACUGUAUGUUGAUAGCUCAUAGACAUAUAAAGUAGCUCUCCUUUCAAUGUGAAAGUGUCAAAUCUGGCUGUUGUUUAUUUAUACACUGAUAGUGUAACUUUCAUUGUACUGAUAAUGUAAACAAUAACUAAUGAUAAACAUUCCUCUACAUUAUACAUAAGAAUUAUAUGUUUCAUUACA